AUGAAGGAUAAGGUGAAGUACAGCCUCUUCGGUAACCUUCUAUCCAAUCAUGUGUUAAUAUUCUUCCUGGUUUUCCUGUUGAACCUGCUGAUAUUCAUCUCCUUCAUCAAUGGCUUCCUAUUCCCAAGAGAAGGAAUAACAAACAAGUCGGAAGAUUUGGAGACCUUCAGCAGAAAGGUGUUUGGCGAUGAGUACAUAGAAUCACAGAAGAGCAAAAAAAAUGUACACUCCAUUGUAAAUGCGCCGUACGAUAGGAUAGUAAUCCUGCUGAUAGACGCACUGAGGUUUGAUUUUACGCUGUACGACCCGAAUUAUAAGAAGGAGCAGGAAAAUGACGAAUCGGGAGAUGAAGAGAAGAACACAUCAAAGGAGGUGAGAUAUUUCCAAAACAACAUGAUGCAUUUGCACCACAUGUUGAAGACAGAGAAAGACAAAACCAUGUUAUUUCGAUUCCAAGCAGAUGCACCUACGGUUACCACGUCCAGGAUAAAAUCUAUGGUCAUUGGGUCCAUACCAAAUUACCUAGAUGUGAAUGAAAAUUUUAGCCCAAGUGAUGAUAUACAAGAUAAUUUCGUAGAGCAACUUUACUACAACAGAAAAACAGUUACAGCCAUCGGGGAUGACACCCUUUCCAAGUUGACAAAAAAUGUAGCGAGGAAAUUAGUGUACGAAAGUUUUAACAUCUUCGAUUUGUACGAUCUAGACAUCAAGUCGAAAGGCCAUUUUUAUGAAGAGUAUCCUUUGGAUUAUUGGGACGUUUUGUAUGUACACGUUUUGGGGGUAGAUCACGUAGGCCAUGUGGGGAAACCCAAUUCGACGACGAUGAAAAAUGUGUUAAAAGAUUUUGACAUUUUUGUAAACGAUAUAGUUCAGAAGGUUAAAUCGGACGAGAAGAAGAAGAAAACGCUUUUUGUUCUUCUUGGUGACCAUGGACAGACACGCACAGGGGAUCACAGUGGGUUUAGUGCAGAUGAGACUGAUACCUCUCUGUUUAUUUACGCCCCAUUGAAAUUUAUGCCUCUAGAUAGGAACAUAAAUAAUAAGACCUUUAUUCUGUACGAUAAGGACAAACUGGAGAGAGACAAUUCCGAUUCUCCCACUGCACUUAGUGCGUGCGUCCCAGAGGAGGACCAGUGCUUUGUGGAAAGCUACAAAAAUUACCAUUCCGCUUUGAACGACUCGAACAAGGACAGAAUCUACUUCUACGAUGUUAGGCACACCAGGCAAAUAAACUUGGUGAGCACGCUGUCCUUUCUGAUUGGGUCCACCGUGCCCUUCUGCAACGUGGGGAACGUUAUCAUGGAUCUUAUCCCGGAGGCCUACAAGGGGGGGGCCCCACCAACUGCCUCAGCCUCUUCCACUGCUUCUGCUUCUGCCCCCAAUUAUGGAGAGGAAGGAAGCGACAGUGAGAGCACCCCUUCCAGUGAGGGCCACCCAGGUGGAGACAACCCCCCGGGGGAGAGUAAACCCAGUGCGGAGCUGAACGAAGAGGAGGGGAACCACUCCAAGCUGUACUACGAGGUGCUCAAUUUGCACUACAUUGCAGAACUGAACUAUGCCAACUUGUGGCAGAUAAAUAGAUACCUAAACGAGUACGAAGCAAAUUACCGAGUUUUGAAGAAUGAAGAUUAUUUUUUUAUUAAAAAUAAUUGGAAACAUAUAGAAGAAGAAAUGGUGCGAUUUUUUCAACCAAAUAAAAAGUUCCUAGACAUAGAAGAAAUAUUAGCAAGUGAAAAGGAAGAGUACAUAAAGUAUAUAAACAAGAUGAGAAACCUUAUGGAAGUUACCCAGAAAUAUUUUUACAUCAUUUUUGCUGCGAAGAAGCCAUCCUUCAUUGUCCUGUGCCUAAUUGUGAACAUAUUCUUUUUGAUCAUAUUUAAUAUAUUUUACCUUAACUCAAAAUUGAACUGUUACUACAAGUCCAUUUCAGCUGGCAGUUUCAUUCUUCUCCUCACCGUUUUUUUCAUUGCCCUUCUUCCUCUCGACAUGUAUAACAAGUGCCUGUACCUACUCGUCUUGCCACUCCUCUUCAUUCUUCUAGUCGUUGGCAACUUCUUCUCUAAAAAUAAGUUCACAGAUUUUUUUCGAUUCAUCAGCUAUGUGAAGGUAUCCCUGGUAUGCAGUAACCUCCCUGAGGCAAACUUGAAGAAAUACACAGCUAUACAACCGCAAGGCGAAAAUUCCAUUCAUCAGGAUAAGAGUGCGCAUGUGAACGCAGGGGAUCAUGCCAAGAACAGCUUCUUUCGAAGAAGCUUCCGAUUUUUUAAAAGUCUAUAUAUAAUAAUAAAGAGAAGUAUCGCGCGAAGCAUAAAUAUAGUCUUGCCACAUAUAUUUAACAUUACCAAGUGCAUUUUCUCUCUAAAGAAGAAGCUGCUCAAAACGCUGAUGAAUAAUAACUACUUCCUCUUUGUCGCCAUUUGGAGCUCGUGUGAACUGUCCUUCUACUACAUAUUCAAGGAGAGGCACUACAUCCACUUUUUACUAAUUGCCUACGUGGUGCUCUCUCUGUUCAAGUGCGAGUCCUUCUUCUCCCUGCACCUGUUGCGCGGACUGGCCCUACUCGGCGUCCUAGUCGUGAACGCGGCGUUCAGUUUCACGCCGGGAUACUUCGAGCAUGACAUGGAAAAGCUCUACCUGAAGAAGCCCGUGCUGCAAAUGGCGCUACCCACUUCGCUAUACUUUUUUAGUACCCUAUUUAUAAACUGCGGUUCGAACAAGCUCCUGAAAAAGGAAAUAAAAAUGGUCAUGUUGUUAGGAUGGACCGCGCAGUUCGUUCUAGUAUUUUUAUAUUUCCUUAAAAUCAACGAGCAAGUGAUAUUUUGGCACCCCCCAGCUGUUUACCUGACGACCUUUUUGCUCUACCUCUUCGUCAUAUUAAGAAAAAGCAGCAUAAUACAAGAGGACAGAGUACCGGAGUCGCUCCAAAAGAUACACGAAGUUGUUGUAACUCUGUUUCUGAUCAUGUUUUCCUCCCUCCAGUUGUCUCUCAUCGCGUAUAGCAAUACAAACCUGAGUGUGUUGCUAUUCCUCUACACGACGUUAUUUUUUUUUUACUUUUUUUUUGUGAAUACGAAUAAUUUGGAAGAAAAUAAAGAUAUGAACAACAUUAAAAUAAAAUGGAUUGAAGAAAAUAAACAGGUACAUAUGUUUACCAAUUUAGAGGACGAAAAAAAAACGGUUGAAAUGAGUCAAGUCAAUACAUGGGUGAAGGAAAAAUUUGAUCUCAAACUUGUGCAGCAGAAAUGUACCUUGCUAGACAAAUGCAGCAUGCUUGACGAAACAGACGCCACACAAAUUCAAAUUUACAAAUUAGUAAAGAACCUUCCAUUCUUCUCCCUCAGUGACACCGAUUUUUACUUACUCUCAGCUAUACUUAUAAAAUACGCCUUCUUUUUAUGUGGCCAGAAAUUUGUCCUAAAUGCCUUGCCCCUAACUGCAGCUUACAUCGGUUUUAAUAAAUAUGUUUGGCCCAUAAGUCAGGUCUACAUAUUUGUUCACAUGUUUUUCCCGAUGCUUUUUUCUCUUUUUUUCAUUCUGUAUGUGUUCAAUUUGAGGAAGAUCAAAAUGCUGACGUGUUUUAAGCGGGUCGAUUUUUACAAUUUCUAUUUCUACCCACUCAUUAACUUUUUCUUCAAGUAA